AUAUACACUUCAGUCUCUCAUUUAUUUCUGUAUAUAUUUCUCCCCAUUCCCGUUUCCAAAUCGUGGCGUCGCGACGAGUCGAGAAGCGAUCUCCUCCGUAUUGCAACGCGAAGUGGGCUUGCUCGGAUCCUCGCGAAGAUGAUCGACGACCAAGACUUGGGAUUCUUCUCCAAUUUCCUCGGCAUAUUCAUUUUCAUGCUGGUAAUUGCCUAUCAUUAUGUGAUGGCCGAUCCAAAGUACGAAGGAAACUAAUGCCGAAACAGAGGUUAUGUUAGCUUUUAGACUCGCUGGAACUUGUUUAGGAACUGCUUGAGAAGAUUCGUAUGGUGUCAUGAACUUUUGAGGGACUUCAUUUCUGUCAACUUAAAAAUUGUUAUAAUCUUAUAAUUUUUACCCCUUUUUGAGUUAUUUCUUUUCUCCUCUU